CGCUGCGGGCCGAGCCGGGGCCGCCCGAGGACGGCCUGUACCUGUGGGUCGACGCACGCCAGGCCCGGGUGCUCAUCGGAUUUGAAGAAGAUAUCCUGAUUGUUUCCGAGGGGAAAAUGGCCCCCUUCACACAUGAUUUCAGAAAAGCGCAGCAGAGAAUGCCGGCUAUUCCCGUCAAUAUCCAUUCCAUGAAUUUUACCUGGCAAGCGGCAGGGCAGGCAGAAUACUUCUAUGAAUUCCUGACCUUGCGCUCCUUGGAUAAAGGUAUUAUGGCAGAUCCAACUGUCAAUGUCCCUCUGCUGGGAACAGUGCCUCACAAGGCAUCAGUGGUUCAAGUUGGCUUCCCGUGUCUUGGGAAGCAAGACGGGGUGGCAGCGUUUGAAGUGAACGUUAUUGUAAUGAAUUCUGAAGGCAACGCCAUCCUGCAGACCCCUCAGAAUGCCAUCUUCUUCAAGACGUGUCAGCAAGCGGAGUGUCCGGGAGGCUGCCGAAACGGAGGCUUCUGCAAUGAAAGAAGAGUCUGUGAGUGUCCAGAUGGAUUCUACGGGCCUCACUGUGAGAAAGCCCUGUGCGUGCCACGAUGUAUGAAUGGUGGACUUUGUGUCACUCCUGGCUUCUGCAUUUGCCCACCUGGAUUCUAUGGAAUCAAUUGUGAUAAAGCAAACUGCUCGACCACUUGCUUUAAUGGAGGGACCUGCUUCUACCCGGGAAAGUGCAUCUGCCCUCCAGGGCUAGAAGGAGAACAGUGUGAGAUAAGCAGAUGCUCACAACCCUGUCGAAAUGGAGGUAAAUGCAUCGGUAGAAGUAAAUGUAAGUGCUCCAAAGGCUAUCAAGGAGACCUGUGUUCUAAGCCUGUCUGUGAGCCUGGCUGCGGUGCACAUGGAACCUGCCACGAACCCAACAAAUGCCAGUGUCAGGAAGGUUGGCAUGGAAGGCACUGCAAUAAAAGGUACGGAGCCAGCCUCCUGCAUGCCCUGAGGCCACCAGGCGCCCGGCUCCAGCAGCAGCACACGCCUUCACUUAAAAAGGCUGAGGAGCCGCAGGAUCCACCUGAAUCCAAUUACAUCUGGUGAACUACGACAUCUGAAACGUUUUAAAUUACGCCAAGUUCAUAGCCUUUGUUAACCUUUCAUGUGUUCAGUGUUCAAAUAAUGUUCAUUACACUUAAGAAUACUGGCCUGAAUUUUAUUAGCUUCAUUAUAAAUCACUGAGCUGAUAUUUACUCCUCUUUUUAAGUUUCCUGAGUAUGUCUGUAGCAUGAUGGUAUAGAUUUUCUUCUUUCAGUCCUUUGGGACAGAUUUUAUAUUAUGUCAGUUGGUCAGGUUCAAAUUUUGUCUUUCCAGUGUGUAGUCGGCAGGUUUUUGCAAAAUUACAAUACAGUCAUGGUGUUGAGGGGCUGGGGAAGAUUGGAGAGGUUAAACUGGGCAAAAAUGCAUAAAUCACAAGGGUUUGGAUGAAGCAGUUAAAAGGGUUGAGGUUACAAUAUUUCAAAUUUUAUUGUCAUAUAUUUAGGUAUUUGUCAUAUUUUUACUGACUGUAUUUUUAAGCUCUCAUACAAUAUAUUUGACCUUACCAUUAUUCCACUGACUUCAAUAUUGAAGAAAAAAACACCCCCAAAAUUACACUGUGGUAGUAGCAUUUAAACAAUAUAAUAUAUUGUAAACAUGAUGAAAUAGGGAAUAUAAUGUAUGAAGUUUUUGCAUUGGCUUGAAGCAAUAUAAUAUAUUCUAAACAAAACACAGCUCUUACAUAAUAAACAUUUUAUACUGUUUGUAUGUAUAAAAUAAAGGUGCUGCUUUAGUUUUCUGA